AUGGCGCAAUCUCCGAGUCAGCUUGCCAGUUCGGGGGUUCGAAAGCUCAACGAUCUGGUCACAACCCUUGAGAGUACUGCUGGCCUUCAGAAAAAUACAUACCCGAUCGUUCUCGUCCCCGGGUUCACAGGCUUUGGCGAACCUCUCUUCGGUUCAAUCAAUUACUGGGGUGGAUUCGAGGAUCUUGCGUCGGAACUACAGAUACAUACUCGCAUUCCAAUAAUUCUACCCCGUAUAGGGCCUAUAUCAAGCAAUUGGGAAAGGGCUUGUGAGUUUUACUGUCAACUCCAUGCAAUCCAACGAGCAGGCCCUCGAACUGGGUUUGAUACACGGGGAGGAUUUCCGGCAACUAAUAUUCAGGUUGACUACGGGAAAUAUAUCAAUCUUCCUCCCGGAAUUUCGCGGUCAACAAAGCAAGCGGUUGUCCUGGGAGAAAUUGACCCUGACUGGCAAUGGAACGACAGCAAUCCAGUUCAUAUGAUCUGCCACUCACAGGGUGGAAAUACUGUUCGCCUGCUUAUAGAGCUGUUAUCAGGCCGCCACGCGCGACGGCAUCCAUCUUACUUUGCCUCUGGAAAUCAACAGGAAUUGAUCAAAUCCGUAGUAACCCUAGGCACUCCUUACCUAGGUACAACCAUCACUAGUGUUGUCUUUGAUCAAAUUCUUCGCGAUGUCCGAGUUGACGAGGUAAUAUCCCGACUUGUGGUAUCUGCAUCGCUCAACCCAACUCGAUUCGUCGAUCUCCAACUAGGUCAAUGGGGGUUUACACCCAACCCAGGGGAGAGCUUCCUGGCUAUGCAUAAUCGACUACAGCCUGCUAUUUUCACCUGGUGGAAUUCGAACCAUAAUGGAAUCAGAGAUAAUGGAAUUGACGGAAUUACCAGGCUGAACCAGGAUUUCGAUCCACGAGUGUCUGAGAAAACCUAUUACUUCACGAUGUCCUUUGAUGCUACGAGGCCCUUUCCCAAACUAAAUCUAAGCCCCGGUUUUCUGGUGGAUUUCCCAACGAAUCCAAUCUUCACUUUGGGUGGUUUCCUAUAUCCAGGGCCAGGGAAUAUAGUAGCGAGGGGCACCUCAUUAUUAGCCACUGGGGCCUAUAAGAUUUUUACAUCCAUUCCCGGAAGCCCUAGUGAUGUUGAAAUCGCAAGAUGGGCCGUGGAUACUUUCAACUACCACACUGGUAGGUUGGGCUACCAGUUCAGGAUCCCGAGACCAGGACGACGAAUCCCUCGUGACGACAUGCUCCCCAUCCUGGCUGUAUUCUCUCUUGGAAUGAGCGGAGUUAACGCCCCCUUUGGCCUUUCUGAGGAGAAUGAUGGUGUUGUUGAUACUGCAUCAAUGCGCGGUCCUAAGGAAAAUGAAAUCAAGGACAGUACCAAUUUCAAUACCCUUGCUCUUGCCAGCAAUCGGGGGGUGUACUGGCAUCUUGGUGUGACGGAAGCUAUAGAUCAUGCAGAUCAGGUGGGAGUCUUUACCGCUGCGGCCACGUUCGACAUAGCAUCCAUUGUUGACUUCUAA